AUGUCCAAAAACGAAUCCAGUGUAAGCUAUAAUGAUAGAAAAUAUUUAGAAGUGUACGGGUACUUGUCGAAAAAUGCCACGUGGGAGAAUCAAGAGGAUCGACGUGAAUUUCUUCAUCAACUCGUUGCCGUCAUCAGUAAUUGGAAAGGUCAACUUCCAAAUCUUCUAGACUUCUUCCGGAAAGAAGUGAUUUAUUGGCUUUUAAUGGAAUCCGCCACAGACGCAGAUGAAGACGCCAACGAGACACCAGGGGCACGAUUCAUAGAUUUUGUGGCUCGCAGCGGCUACAAAGACGCGCCCGAGAUGGACAAAGACGGAAAGCCACUGUUGCGUCGCACCACGCCAGUCCAUCGUGCGGUUAGGCAGGGUUACGUCAAAAAUCUCGCCAUAAUCUCUAAUCUAUUUAAAAUUUACGACAAACUUGACGUAAAUUACAUAGACGAAGAUGGAUUCACGCAUCUUCACGUGGCCUGCGAGUAUGGUCUUGACACCAUCGUCGAAAAAUUCCUUGAACUCGGGCAAGAUCCCAACGGCUUUUCUCCAAACAUGGGCGCGACAUAUCCUUACCCACCGCUAUACCUGGCUCUACGCAGAGGUCACGAGACGGUAGCCGAAUUGCUGCUGAGAAGAGGCGCCGGUCUGCUUAGAGCCAUUGUGGACGGAUUUACUCCUGUGCACUGGCUUGGCGAGAACGAUCACAACGAUGCCUUCCUUGAGACAUUUUUCGAGAUGGGCGAGAAGAAACAUCUGAUGUUGCAGGUCAACGCCAUAGACCGUUAUGGCCUUUCACCGUUAAAUCGUGCUCUGCUGAGCAGGAACAAGAAACUAAUGGAAUUGCUGUUGAGACACGGCGCGAAUCCAAAUUUGCGUGACAAUAAUGGAGAGGCUUCAUUGCACCUCAUUUGCAAGCUAUGUAAUUACUUUAACUUGGGUGAUUUAUUGGAGAAAUUUUUCGCCAUCAACGACGAACUCGGUAACACGGUUCAGGUCAACGCUCGGAAUUCAGAUGGUUACACACCAUUGCACUUUCUUUUGGCUGUGCCGAGUAACAACCAAGCAAACAUCGAACUCGAUAACAUAUUCCAGGCCAACGGUAUCGGUCACGGCUAUCGGGUUGACACACCACCGCUCUUGGAUCUGCAGAAUCUAAAAAAAAAUGCAGUUGAACUGUUGCUGAGAAGCGGUGCCGACCCUAAUGAGGCCAACGAGAAAGGAUUUACCCCUCUGCACCUCACAUCUUCGGAUUACUUGGCGGAGAUGUUACUUGAGGUGUGCGAUAAAAAACAUCGGACCGUCGAGGUAGACGCUCGGAACAAUGUGGGUUGGACACCGUUGCACGCGGCAAUAAACAAAGGCAACAUAAAAUUGGUAGAAAUUUUACUUAAUAGAGGUUCCGCUCCAAAUUUAGUUACUGACGAAGGGGAGACUUGUUUGCAUAUUAUUUGCAGGAGUGACGAUGACGACGAAAACAUGGCAAAGAUAUUAUUUCAGAUCUGCGACGAAAAACAUCAGAUGGUUCCGGUCGACGCUCGAGACAAUGAGGGUAGGACACCAUUGCUCGUGGCAAUACACAAUGGAAACAUAAAGUUGGUCGAAUUUUUGCUAAAAAGAGGCGCUCGUCCCAAUUUAGCUGGUAAUAAGAAACUUACUCCUUUGCACGCAUUAUGCGAGAGAAAAAACAGCGACGAUGGCUUGGCGAAGAGAUUUUUCGAGAUCAACGACGAAUUAAAUCAGCUGGUGGAGGUCGACGCCAAGAAUGAGGAGGGCUCGACGCCGCUACACUUGGCUCUGUCCCGUGGAUGCAAAAAACUCAACGAAUUGCUGUUGAAAAGACACGCCGAUCCAAACUUGGCCAACGCAGAGGGUCAUACUCCUCUGCAUGUUAUAUGUCAGAGAGAAGACGACGAUGUUGACUUGGUGAAGAUGUUAUUCGAGAUGGGUGACAAAUUCAAUAAGCCGAUCAAGGUCGACGCCCGGGACAAAUCCGACUGCACACCAUUGCACUUGGCUUUGAAUCGCGGCCACGAACAAAUAGCUGAAUGGCUGCUGAGAAGAGGAGCGGAUAUAAAUUUAGCCAACGCGAAAGGAUCGACACCGUUGCACUUGAUUAGCGCGGGAAAGAUGGACUGCGCUGACUUGUUGAAGACGUUUUUCGAGAUCAGCGACGGGCAAAGGCGGCCGGUCGAGGUCGAUGCACGCGACAACGAAGGCAAAACGCCUCUCCACCAUGCUAUAAGUCGCCGACACAAGAAGCUGUUUGAAUUACUGCUGAGAAGAGAUUUCGAUCCGAAUGUGGCCGAUGACGAGGGAUGGACAGCUCUGCACACGAUUUGCAUGGCCAAGGACGAUAACGGCUGGGCGAAGAUGUUGUUUGAAAUCAGCGAGGAAAAGAAUCGUCAGGUGCAGAUCGAUGCUCGGGACAGGUGCGACUUUACACCACUACACAUGGCACUGGUUCGAGUAGAACUCAGGGCGGUGGCGGAAUUGAUUCUGAGAAAAGGCGCCGCUACGAAUUUAGUCGAGUGGAAUGGGUCGACUCCUCUGCACACGGUUUGCAAGUACGCCGUUGACGAGGACCGCGUCAGGAUGUUAAUCGAGAUCAGCAACGAAGAAAAUAAGCCGGUCGAAGUCGACGCCCGGGACAAGUUGGGCCGGACGCCGCUACACCUGGCCCUGGCCAGAGGAAACGGUAACGUGGUCAAGUAUCUGCUGAAAGUAGGCGCUGACCCCAACUUGGCAGACGAGGACGGAUUGUCAUCGUUGCAUCUCAUCAUUCAGAAUCGUUACGACGACGAUAAAUUGCUCAAGCUGUUCUUCGACACCAGCAAACAGGUCGAUCGGCCGGUGCAGGUCGAUGUCCAAAACAAUAACGGCUGGACGCCUUUACAAUGGGCCAUAGCUUAUCUGUCAUUGAAAGUGGUAGAUGUACUCCUGGAUCAGGGCGCCGAUCUAUCCAGCUUCGUUUUUCCCAGCAAGAGCUUUAUCGUCGACGAAAUACUCAAAUCGAUCAGUGAGGUAGACGAACGUAAACGGCUUGGGUACAAAUUAUCAUUAGCUUCUCUAUUUGUUGACAUAGUAGAGCGUCUCGAGAAAAGAGGAUACGAAUUUAAUCGUAGCGUCGCCCUGGAUAUCAUGAGUUUGUUCGCCGAGUACGAAUUGUUUGACAAGUCGACGGAUCUUGAAGAAAAUUGGUAUGCCGACGAAGAAUUUGUGAGCAAAUCGAAAGAUAUAAUGGUGAAUCCCGAUCUUUCGCUUCAUGACCUUAUCCGACUGGAGCCCAAACAGGCGGCAAAACAAAUGAAAUACGAGAACUAUGUCGAGUUAGCGCUUUCGAAAAAAUUGUUGGAUCUUCCCGAAGGCUACAGGGAUGUUUGUGUUCGGCAUCUGUGCGAAAAAUUGUCGAGAGGAUUUUUCUGGCCUUGGGCACUGGAUGCGUUCUAUGAACUGCAACGCUACCAGCUACCGGUUCUCUGCUGUGAAAUGAUUAUUGCGAAGCUAAAGAACGAGGAUUUAUAUAAUAUUUGCUUGGCAGCCCUGCGAUAG